AUGGAGCCCCCGGCGAAGAAACCGCGCAAGCUUCUUGAUGACGAUAGCUCCAGCGAGUCCGGAGAUGAGUCCGGCGGAGUGUCCCUAAACACCGACAAUGGGUUCAAGAUCAACGAAGAAUAUGCCCGUCGCUUCGAGCAUAACAAGAAGAGAGAAGAAAUGCAGAAACUGGAAGCAAAAUUCGGUAAAGAUGAGUCGGGCGAUUCAGAGGAGUCGUCUUCGGAAGAAGAAGAUGAGGACGGCGAACUUGCGACAGAGGCUCUUGAUGCCCAAAUCAUGGCCACUCUGAACGCUAUUCGAUCCAAGGACCCCCGUGUAUACGACUCGUCCGUGACCUUCUUUGCCGAGGCCGAUGAAAACGCCGAUGGCCAAACUGCGACGUCCGAAAAGAAGCAGAAACCCAUGACCCUCCGAGACUACCACCGCCAGAACCUCCUAAGUGGCGCGCAUAUGGCCGAAGACGAUGAAGCCGAUGCCCCCAAGACCUACGUCCAGGAGCAAGAAGACCUGAAGAAUGAGAUCGUUCGGGAGAUGCAUGCGGCCGAGGAAGAUGAAUCGUCGGCUGACGAAGACGAUGGGCUCCUGAGACGUAAAUCCGCUCCAGAGCCAGCCGCGGAGUCCAAGCCCGAGGUGAAGCUGGAUCUUGAGAACGCCGACAAAGAUCCGGAGACCUUCCUCUCAAACUUCUUGUCAUCAAGAGCAUGGAUUCCCGCUGACCGGGCAAAACUCCAACCUUUCGAGUCCGACGAUGAAGAGGAGGAUGCGCGCGCAGAGGCUUUCGAAGAAGCAUACAACUUCCGCUUCGAGGAUCCUAGCAAACUCAACACGGUACUCGUCACCCACGCCCGUGACGCCACGAACCAACAGUCCGUGCGGCGAGAAGAAAAGAGUUUGAGAAAGAAACAAAGAGAGGCCGAGCGUCAGAGGAAGGAAGAGGAAAAGAAGCAGCGCGAGACUGAGAAGAACCGUCUUCGCAAGCUGAAAAUGGAAGAGCUCCAGGAGAAGGUCAACAAGAUCAAGGAAGUCGCCGGAUUCCGCGCUUCUGAGCUUACGGAUGAAGACUGGGCUAAGUUCUUGGAUGACGCUUGGGAUGAUGAUAAAUGGGAGAAAGAAAUGCAGAAGCGGUUUGGCGAGGAAUAUUAUGCCGAGGCGGACGGUGGAGUCGAUGGCGACGGCAAGAAGAAGCAUCCGAAGAAGCCUACAUGGGAUGACGAUAUCGACAUCAAAGACCUCGUACCGGAUUAUGAGGACGAGGACGAGGAGCGACCAUUCGACGGGGCUGAUGUGGAGAUGGGGGAUGCCGACGAUGACGAGAGCGGCGCUGAAGGAAAGAACAAGAAGAGUAAGGCUCAAGAGCGGCGGGACCAGAAGCGUGAGGCUCGCAAAGAUCGUCUCCGCAUUGAAGAGGCAGUCGACCGCAAUUUGGAUCUCGAUGUGACCCUUCUGCCUGGCGCUACGAAGAAGACCACUGGUGGAUUCCGGUAUCGUGAGACGUCUCCGACCAGCUUCGGCCUUACUCCACUAGACAUUCUCAUGGCGGAUGAUUCCCAGCUCAACCAAUAUGCUGGGCUGAAGAAGCUUGCUGCAUUCCGUGACCCGGAAAAGAAGCGCCACGAUCAGAAGAAACUCGGUAAGAAGGCACGGUUGCGGCAAUGGCGUCAAGAGACGUUUGGCAACGAAGAAGGCCCGGAGUUUGUUUUUGGUGGUGACAAAACGGCCGACUCCAAGGAGGAUGCUACUGAGGGAGGGGAAGUAGACAUUCGGGGAGAGGGCCGCAAGAAGAAGAGAAAGAGAUCCAGAAAGCAUUAG